ACAAAGUUAUGUAGUAUUAUGUACUAAAUAAAAAAUUAUUUAAAAUAAGCACAUAUUACAUUUUAUGUAAUUGGUAUGCUUUUUGGUUUAAAAAAAUAUUAACAGUUUAUGGAAGUUUUUAAACUCAUGAAGUUAACAAUCCUAAAAGACUUCCUGGUAUGGAUAUAGUAGGAGACAAAAUAGAGUAGACUUUUAGUUUACAGGCCACAGGGUACAUACAGAUGCUUACCUUAAUUACCACAUGAUACUGGUUGAAUAAAUGAAAAGGCCCUCAGAGGGAAAAGAGAUAGAGAGAAAAUUAUAGCAAAAAUUAUACAAAAAAACUGACACAGCAAGUUGAGUGGAGAAGUGGAAAAACCAAGACUGAAAUAUGGUCAUGCAUAGAGCUUUGUUCACGUGGUUCAUCCUUCUACUGUUUUUUAUUCUUUUAUGCCUCCAAUUGGAAGGGCGAACUCAUUGGAACUGGUUCUUAAUAUUCUUACCUAUGUGGGUGUAUAAUGUAAUAAUUCUUAUAGAUGCUUUGUUCCACAUUGUUGCGGCAUGUUUACAUGAGCAAUUUAUAGAGCUUAUAAAAAACAAAAAUCUGAUACCUUUAGUUAUAGUUCUAUUUUUAAUCGCUGGUGAAAUAAUGCUUUGCUUAAAACUAGAAUACAAAGCAUUAGGACUGACGAUUACUCAUGUACUAAUACCAUUUUGGAUCUUGUUACCACUGCUUAUAAUUAGAAUAUCUGCUACAUUAUUUAAUGGGGUUUACUAAUGAAUAAGUCACAUAAGUGUAAAUGUAAAAAAUGUGUUUAAAAUGUACGCAACUUGAUAGCGUUAGUUGAAUUCCUUAUUUCAAAAUGUUUUUUUUAAAUAAGAACAUAUGUAUUCUCAUAGAGUGGAAUCCUAAAUGAUUUAAUAUGAUGUUAAUGCAUGAAAAACAAGAUUUUAAUACUGUGAUAUGUAAAUUAUUUUAGAUUUUUUAAUAAAGCUAAUAAAUAUAUUUAGCAUACAA